ACGGAAGGAGCACGGUACAGGAAACACUUCAGUAGAGCUGCUGGAUGUGGAGCCGCGGAGGACUGCUGGAAUCAGCCACAAGUUAUCUGAGCUGCCGCUGACAGCCAUGACACUUUAACACACACACUGAGCGGGAGAAGGUCGGUAACGUUCGGUGACAGAGCAGCGCUGAGAUGGCCAUCGCACACGUGGCUACAGAGUACGUGUUCAGCGAUUUCCUGCUGAAGGACCCGACCCAGGCUCAAUAUCGCAGCGUCCGCACGGAGCUGGCGGUGGACAAGAUGGUGACCUGUGUGGCCGUGGGCCUGCCCCUCCUGCUCAUCUCUCUGGCCUUCGCUCAGGAGGUCUCCGUGGGGACCCAGAUCAGCUGCUUCGCUCCCUCUAACUUCUCCUGGAGGCAGGCUGUGUAUGUGGACUCGUACUGCUGGGCAACUGUGCACACACACACUCUACCUCUGUGGCUGCACAAGUUCUUCCCGUACAUCCUGCUGCUGGUGGCGGUGCUCAUGUACGUCCCGGCCCUCUUCUGGAGGUUCACUGCGGCCCCCCUCCUGCAGUCAGACCUCAGCUUCAUCAUGGAGGAGCUGGAUCGCUGCUACAACCGCGCCGUCACUCUGGCCAAACGCCUGGCCACCGCAGGCCUGCUCGGCCCCGACAGCGACCCCACUGACGGAUGUUUUAACUACCCUCUGGUGGAGAAGUUUCUGAUGACUAAGCGCUUCUCGCGCUCCAUGCUGUGUUACUACCUGCUGUGCCGGGGGCUGACUCUGGUCACCCUGCUGUGUGCCUGUGUGUACCUGGGCUACUACCUGCGCCUGGCCUCCGUCACCGACGACUUUGGCUGCGAGUUGCGGGUGGGGCUGCUGGCCUCGGACCCGGGGGUCCCGGAGAAGGUGCAGUGUAAGCUGAUUGCUGUGGGGGUCUUCUCUCUGCUCAGCCUGGUGAACUUGGUCCUGUUCAUUGCACUGGUUCCCGCUGUGAUCUAUGCCAGUCUCCGCCCCCUCUUCUGCAAUGGACAUGCCCGCUUCCUGGAAACCUACCAAUCACUGCCCACCGUGAGCAUCCUGCCCGCCCCCAGCAGCCGCUGGGACGACCUCUCUCUGUAUCUGCUCUUCCUGGAGGAGAACAUCAGCGAACUCAAGUCCUACAAAUACAUCAAGGUGCUGGAGCUGCUGAGGAGAGAGUGCUCCGGAGAGGACUUCGAUGCCAUGGGGCUGCUGCAGACUCUCUGCCUGGUGAAGAUGGACACUGUGGAUGGGAACAAGCAGGGCAAACAGGAUGCAGUAAGGAACUCUGGCAGCAGCCCCUCAGCUGCCAACAGCUCCAGCUGUCCCAACUCCAACCCAGACCCCCACAGCAAGAGGGGGACACAGAUGAGAGAGCUCACUCCUCUGCUGCCAGGAAACGACCUGAUGGGGGGAGGCGGCCACCAGGGGGGGGCGGCCACCAGGGGGGAGGAGUCCGCCGGGGGGGGGCCGGCCGUCCGCCAGCGAGCGCAGUGAUGCUGCACUGAAAUCAUCAGCAUCUCAUCUUCUACCUUCUUCAAACUAAUGUUCAUGUUAUCAAGGAAGAGUGGAGGCGUGUGAUCCUCCUGUCUGUGGGGACAGCUUUCAGGAAUCACUGAGUGUGUCAUUCAAACACCUUUGGAGUUCAGGAUAAAGCACUACAGUACUAAGAUGCCACUGUUCUGCCCCCCUAUGAAUUGUGGGCAAUUAUGUCGUCAGACUAAUUAACUUAAGUAGCUAUUGCUGCCCAUUUGGAAUGCCAUGUCAUAUUAUGUUCAUGUUAAUUCAGAUAUUAGGUGUUUUUGAUAAUCCUCUUAAAUAUUGCCUGUUGCUUCAGAUGUUCAUCUAAAUAAAGCAGGAUAGUGAGUGUGCAGUAGAGCCGCUGCCUUAACCUGCAGGAUGUGUGGGACAGUAUGAAAUGGUCUAAAUUGCAGUUGUACAGUUCCCUUCAAAAAGAAGAGGUGAUAUUUAUUUGCACUGUCAUUGUGGGGUUAUGUUCUUUUGAUGAGUGAUGAUCACAUUUCAAGACUCUGAGUACAGAGGAACGCAGUGAAGCAGCUUUAUUUCAGAGGAGAGUUCUCAAUGUUUUGUUUCUUUGAAUAGUUUAUUCAGAGAAGUUGUUUUACAUGUCACGCUACAGCUAACAGCGGUACAAACACAAGCUUUGUGACAUUUAUCCAUUUUUCAACAAGAAUGCUUCAAAUUGUUCAUUCCUAAUGUUUAAAUGUCAAUAAGUAUAAGGCAACAGCACAUCAAAGGUAAGAGCUCAAAGGAUAUUCAGCUUUAUGUUGAUCCAUGGGAGUUCAUGUAUUCUCUUUCGAGGUCUGGAUGUCUCCAGCUGGAAUUGAACAUGUACAGCUUGUUGGGGAUCUCAGGGACAGUCACAUGACGGUUUACUCUUCUGCUUUGAGCCUCUUCCACUGCUUGUAUAUAUGAACUGCACUAAGUGGAACAUUUUUUACAUAUCAUGAAAUUGCUGGGGUUAUAUCGCUUGUGUUUUUUGUAUCACUUUUUUACAUGAUUGGGUCCAAUUUCUGUGCAUUUAGCCAUUUGAAUGUAAAGUCUUGGAAAGAUACUGAUGAUCGUUGUUCUAUGAGAAAACAGUGUUUCAUUCCUGAUGUGACUUUGUGAUGCUGGAAACUGCUGAAUGUUCAUUAUGACACGUGUAGGACUGCCUGCAGCCUAAGAAAUAAAUAUGGUAGAUUUA